AUGUCUUCUAUGGCCAGAGUAAUCAGCGAAGGAUCUCAAAUCGUUGAUUACUUCGAAGAAGAGAGAGAAAGUAUCGAGAGACAGAGAAUCAAGCUACUUGCAAAAGAACCUAUAGAUCCUGAGAUUUUCAAGGAAGGGCUUUACUGACUUGGAAAGACUACUAAUAAUGUUUCAUACGCCUACCUUGCAAUGAAUAUUUCAGAGAAAGAUUUGAGCAGCAUUGUAGGAAUUGAAAGCUAUAUCUACAUCCAAACUUUAAAUAUUUCAAAUAACAACUUGAUUCAUCUGAAGGCCCUCUCAUCUCUUAAGCAUCUUAUCAGACUUGACGCUUGCAAUAAUAGUAUUAGGAGGAUGUUUGAUUUUGAUCCUCCAGCUAAUUUGGAAUCUGUAAACUACUCAAACAACUGCAUUGAUGAAAUGGAUAACUGUGAGAAACAUAAAUACCUCAGAACUUUGAUUCUUGACAACAAUAAUAUAUCUGAAAUCAAAGGUCUUACUCAGAAUAAGUACUUAAGAAUGUUAAGCUUAAACAACAACAAUAUUGAUAUUAUCGAGAAUCUUGCAGGUCUCAGUAUUGAUGAACUCUUUCUUGCAGACAACAACAUUAAGGUGAUCAACGGGUUGGAUGAGCUGCCUCUUCUUAGAAGACUUGACCUCUCAAAGAACAAUAUUAACAAACUUAGAGGACUUGAAGAGAUAUAUAGACUGAAGUUUUUGUUCCUUUGUCAUAAUAACAUUUCAAAAAUCUCAGAGCUGUCCAUGAUCGAGAACCUCCAAGAGUUGACCGAACUGGAUCUUUGCUUUAACCCUCUCCAGAAUAGAAAAUACUACAGACUUCAAGUUUUGUUCAGAAUUCCUCAACUAAGAGAUCUUGAUGGAAGUGAUGUCACUUGUGAAGAGAAGAUCAAGGCAGAGAACCUUCAUGGGCUAGAUCUAAACGAUAGAGAGACAAUCUUCAAGUCAAUUCUUCCAGAAGAGAAAUUUGAAGAUAGAAGGAUCAAUAAGAUCGAAGAUAUCGAGCCUGAAUCAGAAAGUGAUCCUGAAGAGGUUGAAUUUAUUGAGACUUAUGAAGAUAAGAAAUCACAGAUAAGUCAAGUAGAGAUGUCUAGUGUGGCUUCAAGAACACUUAAUGAGAUAGUUAGCAAGCGAGAAUCUUUACAGAGUAUGGGAUCAAGAAUGUCAACACAAAGAGCUCAUCUUAGAUCUAAUGGUGGUGUGAGCAAUGACCCAAUGGCUGCAAGUCUCAGCAACUUCACAAAGAAUUAUGUUGGAGAAUUGCUUGACAAAGCCUCUUUCCAAGGAGGUUAUGGAGAAAUUUAG